UGCCCCCAACUUAAUUGAGAAAAUGAGCGUAAUCGUGAUCAGUGGCCCAACAUUGACGGAAUUCGUCCAAGACAAAGAAGCCUUCGAUAAAUGCGUGAACGAGCAGUUCAUGAAUCUUGACACCGAUGGAGAUGGAGUCCUAUCACGCUCGGAGCUUAGUAAAGGAUUUAAUUGCCUAUUGUCACUAGGGAACGAUUUGGGGACCGAGGAGGAGAUCAAAGGCCUCUACGAUAUUAUCUUCGACAAGUUUGAUGCUGAUCGUAGUGGAACCGUCGAUCGUGAUGAGUUUCAAUCCGAAAUGAAGGAAAUCUUGCUUGCCAUGGCCCGUGGGAUCGGCGACAUUCCUCUGCAAGUGGCCCUGGAGAAUGAUAGUUUCCUCAUGAGGGCUGCUCAGCACGAAUUAGCUAAAAAGAGAUAA